AUGCUUGAAUCGGUACAGCUGCUAGAUUGUGGAAUCCCGGUACAUGGAAGGUAUUUACCCGACCUAAUGCAAGACGGGAAGGAUGAUGCAUGUAAAUUGUUGCUUCACCAUGCAAAACGACAUAGCUUAGCUGAGGGCAUCUUGUUGAAUAGUUUCAUAGACUUGGAAGCAGAUACUAUAAAAGCUAUGCAAGAUGAAGAAAUCGGUAAAAUACCUCUUAUCUACCCGGUUGGACCCAUCAUUCAAUCCGGUUCAACUAGUGGGAUUAAUCGAUCUGAGUGUCUCAAUUGGUUGGAUGAUCAGCCAAAAGGUUCUGUUUUGUAUGUUUCUUUUGGGAGUGCCAAAAGUAGCACAUUUCUUUUUAUCUUCUUCCCGAAACGGUUCUUGGAUAGGAACAAAGAUCAAGGUUUGGUAGUGCCAUCUUGGGCACCGCAAAUUCAUGUGCUUAGUCAUAGCUCAACCGGUGGGUUCCUCACCCAUUGUGACUGUAAUUCAACACCUGAGAGCAUUGUUGCUUGGCCUCUCCACGCGGAGCAAAAAAUGAAUGCAGUAUUGUUAAGCGAGCGAUUUAAUUAA